AUGACGAAGAAGUUACUAGAACGUAUAAGGGGUCUAACAAAAGCAGUAGAUGAACAAGGAUGUACUCCGCUUCACCUUGCUGCGUCCUUGGGUCACACUUCAAUUGUAAAACUAUUACUCAAACAUGACAGAUCUGCUGCCUACGUUAAGGAGAAAGAGGAGAAGAAGACGGCUCUUCACUUUGCAGCAAUGAAAGGCCAUGUACAUGUAAUGAAACAACUAAUAUCCCAGUGUCCUGAUUGUUGCGAAUUGGUGGACAAGAAUUCUCGCAAUUUCCUACACUGCAGUAUCCUCGCCGAUAAAGAAAUUAGUGUAGUGUAUUUCGUGCUAGAAGAUCCAUGGCUUAGCAACAUCCUCCUAAAUGGCAAGGACGACAAUGGAGACACACCCCUCCACUAUCUUGCUGAUACUUGUUGCGACCACACUUUUGGUGACGGUUUAGUAAUAGAUGCUAGAGUUGAUAAGAUGACAUUCAACAAAGCAAAUCAAAACGCUCUUGAUAUUCUUCUACAAAUUACACAAAUUAAAAGAUACUCUUUGAUCUUAACAAAACAGGGCCAACUGAAAGAAAAAUUAAAAAUGAAUGGUGUCAUACCAGGCUGUCGACAUGUAAGGGACAAAGAGGAGGUACCGGUUGAGAAUAAAGAAAAGGAAAAACCAAGUGAAGACGAAUACAGGGAAGUGAAGGAGACCCAUCUUCACACACUUUAA